UCACUGUUCCUUUCUGUAGUAAUUCAUUUCGUAUUUUUUAAAGACACGGAAAGCAAGCGAAAAUGUUAGGGGUAUUUCAGGUAAUUAAAUCCAGAAGCAAGCAACUGCAAGAAGUAAGCUCUCUGCUUCCUGGUGCCAUACUAAUACUUCCAUUCAGAGUCAAAAUCCCAAAAUCUAUUUGUACUAUUAAACCAUACACCAAAAUUCUUUAACGGUUUCUUUUGCUAAAUUAUUUGCUGCCUCAAAUUCAAAAUAACUCCAGCUUCAGUUUCUUUGAUUUGCAUCUUUCUGUCAACGUCCAGCAAUUUUUUGGUUCAGGAGUUGAUUGAUCAUUUUUUGUAAGUUGCCUUGACAAAAUGCUUGUCUCUGCGCUUCUAACAUCUGUGGGAAUAAAUUCUGGUCUCUGUGUUCUUUUCUUUGUAUUGUACUCCAUUCUGAGGAAGCAACCUAGUUAUUAUGAAGUCUAUGUACCACGGUUGCUAGCUGAAGGCAAUUCUAAACGGAGAAGUCGCUUCAACCUAGAAAGGCUGUUACCUUCUCCUGGUUGGAUUACAAAAGCAUGGAAGCUGUCUGAAGAGGACAUAUUAUCAUCUUCAGGCUUAGAUGCUUUGGUUUUUAUGCGAAUUAUUACCUUUAGUUUGAAAGUAUUUACAUUCGCUGGGAUAAUAGGGAUCUUUAUUCUUCUUCCAGUGAAUUCCAUCGGAACUCAGCUUCAUGAAAUCGACUUUGCAGAUUUAUCAAAUAAUUCUUUGGACGUGUUUACCAUUUCAAAUGUAAAGAGUGGCUCAAAAUGGUUGUGGAUCCACUUCUCUGCUGUGUAUAUCGUCACUAUUUUUGUUUGUUGUCUGCUUUAUUUUGAAUAUAGAUAUAUAUCUUCAAAAAGGAUUGCUUAUUUUUAUUCAUCCAAACCUCAGCCACAUCAGUUCACCAUCUUGGUCCGCAGUAUCCCCGUUUCAUUUGGCAGUGGUGUCAGCGAAAGUGUUGAAAGCUUCUUUAAAGAGUUUCACCCGACCACAUAUUUGUCCCACGUGGUUGUUCAUCGAACUAACAAACUUCGGAGUCUCAUACAUGAAUCAAAGAAGUUGUAUAAAAGCCUUCUUCACUUGCAAUCGGGACCUUCUCACCAGAAGUAUAGACGAAUUGGAUUAUUUGGAAAAAGGGUCGAUCUUGUGGAUCAUUAUGAAAAGAAGUUAGAGGGCAUAGAGCAGAAUGUGAGAUUGGAGCAAUCGGAUGUAUCAUUAGCACAAGAAACUCGAGCUGCUUUUGUAUCCUUUAAAUCUCGUUAUGGUGCUGCUGUCGCUUGCCACUUGCAACAAUCAAUCAAUCCCACACAUUGGGUCACUGAACAAGCUCCUGAGCCUGAUGAUGUUUAUUGGCCAUUUUUUUCUUCUUCAUUCCUGCGAAAAUGGAUUUCUAAGCUUGUGGUUGUACUUGCAUGUAUUCUUCUAACAAUUUUAUUCCUUAUUCCUGUUUUAGUUGUGCAAGGUCUUACUAACUUGAGUCAGUUGGAGAUAAUGUUUCCAUUCCUUAAAAGUAUUCUAACCAUUACAUUUGUUAGUCAAGUAAUCACAGGAUACCUUCCCAGUCUAAUUCUUCAGUUGUUUCUUAAGAUUGUGCCUCCAAUCAUGGAGUUCCUUUCCUCCAUUCAAGGUUACAUUUCUCAUAGUGAUAUAGAGAAGAGUGCAUGUAACAAAGUACUUUGGUUCACAAUAUGGAACAUCUUUUUCGCAACUGUGUUUUCCGGGUCAGUGUUAUCUCAAGUUUCCAUCUUUCUUGACCCCAAAAAUAUUCCUGGAAAGCUGGCUGUUUCUGUUCCUGCACAGGCAUCAUUUUUCAUUGCAUAUGUCGUUACUUCUGGAUGGACAAGCACUUCAUCAGAUCUCUUCCGUAUAAUCCCUCUUAUUUGCUCUCUUGCGACAAGAUGUUUUAAAAGUGCAAACGAUGAACUUGAAGUUCCAUCUAUUCCUUACCACAGGGACAUCCCAAGAGUUCUUUUCUUUGGACUUCUUGGGAUUACAUAUUUCUUCCUAGCUCCACUAAUAUUGCCCUUCCUAUUGGUGUACCUCUGUCUUGCAUACAUCAUCUUCCUUAAUCAGUUUACAAAUGUGUACAUGCCCAAGUAUGAGACUGCAGGGAAGUUUUGGCCUAUUGUGCACAAUUCAAUGAUAUUCUCUCUGGUGCUCAUGCAUGCAAUUGCAAUAGGGAUUUUUACUCUAAAGAAGCUUUCUAUUGCAUCAACCUUAAUUUUUCCUCUUCCAGUCCUGACAUUGCUCUUUAACGAGUACUGCCGGAAACGCUUUCUGCCCAAUUUCGUUGCUUACCCUGCUGAGGUUUUACUAAAAAAGGACAGACAAGAGGAGAAUGACCCUGCAAUGGCUGAAUUUUUCAACCAUUUGGUUACUGCGUAUGAAGACCCGGCUCUAAUGCCAAUUCAGUACUCUGCAACUACUGAUAGUCUUAACAGUCCCCUUCUAUCUUCUAACUGAUGCUUGAAUAUAUGUAAAUUAUGGCUAUAUAUGUAGUGUACGAGUGACGGUUAGUGGUUUCCAGCAUCUACUGCCAUUUUGGUACGUAGUAAUGGCUUUAUUUUUUUGUGCCAUGAGUUUGUGCCUAGGGAAAUGCAUUUUUCCACACACACGACUACAUGCAUGGAUGUAGUUGCACGUCACGUCCUUCUGUGAUGUUUGUUUAUUUCAUUUUGAACAAUGUAUAUUAGCUUGUAAAAUAACCUUGAGGUAUUAGGAAAGGAAAAUACGAGAUCAAUUCCAUCUUUAUUAGUAGCAAUUAAGUUGAUGCACGACUGAUCUUCAUGUAUCACAGCUGUAUACUAUUGGCACCGAGAUUGAUUA